AUGAAGAUCGCCGGCUCAUCUAUCUUCUUCCUCCUGCCUGCAUUGGCCCAAACGGCUGUCAUUGAGCGGCGCCAGACUGGCGAUGGACCAGGAGGUUCAGCCGAUAGCACCCAAGGAGACUUGGGUGAACGGCCUCCUCCUCGCUUCCCCUUCCCAGUGACGAAGUUCCCCGUUGCUACGGAGACAGUUGUGCUUGAGCAGGCCAUGUACGUCAUGCCUGGUCAAGUCUUCGACGGAGGAAUGAAACGUUACGAGCGCGUUGAGGGUAGCUGCAAUGAGCAAGCUGAGGGCACCGACGCAGACGCAGUCUUCAAUCUUCUUUCAGGCUCCACCAUCCGGAACGUCAUCAUCGGCCAGCAUCAGGCUGAGGGCAUCCAUGCUCUUGGAGAUGCAUGGGUUGAGAACGUCUGGUGGGAAGAUGUUUGUGAGGACGCCCUCACCGCUAAGGGCCUCAACACUCAACUUCGAGUCAUUGGAGGUGGCGCCCGUAACGCAACAGACAAGAUCUUCCAAGACAACUCUUUGGGUGGCAAGUACAACAUCACGGGCUUCUACGCCGAGAACUUCGGAACCUUCUACCAAUCAUGCGGGAACUGUCUCAACCAGGCAAAGAGAAAUGCGACCAUUCAGAACGUGGUCGCUGUAAACGGCAUCAGAAUGGGCAUUAUUAACCCCAACUACGGAGACGAAUUCCGGCUCAAGAACUCCCAACUGCAAGACCUUGACGUUAUUGUCGACAAGGAGAUCGGAAACAACGUUCAAACCGUGCCCUACACAAUUGGAAACGGACCGGACCUGAAGUACGCUCUGUACAAUGAGACAAGGGACGCAAUCACCGAGUUUGAGGGCGAGGUGCUGAACACCUAUGAGCCUGAGGAGCCACCAGAUCGCAAGUACGGAAAGGGCCACUUUGCGUGCGAAGGGGUGCUCCUCGAUGGAGAAAAGUCGAUCAUGAGCUCGCCUAACGCCUUCAUCGCCAAUGGCACCUGUUACUAUGCGGCGAACGAGAAGGUCGACGACUGGCUACCUUGCGGUAAUGCCGCUCUUGGUGAUAAGAGCUGCUGCCAGAGAGGCGACAUGUGUCUUUCCAGUCACGCCUGCUAUAACCCGCGAUUUGGAAUCACGUAUCAAGCGGGUUGCAGCGACCCAGACUACAAAGACGCAAACUGUCCUGACAAGGGUGCGCUGAGCGAUCAUCCCUGGACCGGCCUCGUCUACUGCAACGGAACAUCAGAACAGUGGGUUGCCUGCGAGCAAUCGAGAAAACCGAAAACUCUCACCUCGGCGGACGCUUGCUGGUGCCCACAAGCAUCACGAACAGUCGCAUUCACCGAUUCCUCGAUUCUCGAAAACAUAGUACAAUUACCCACCGCUCUCGGGGGCAGCGUCAUCUGGCAACCCGGCCAUGUCCCGAUUCCGACACAACCGAACACUACGCCAACCGAAUCGUCCUCGGUCCUUACUCCCACUACUACUCCUUCAACCUCUGUUCCAAGUCCGACCGAGACCGGCAAGGCUGCUGGAACCGAUUACACAAGUAUGACUUCAGGGGCGAAGGUUGGCAUUGGCGUCGGUGUCGGAGCUGGGUGCAUGGUCCUUCUUGCUGUCUUGAUAUACCUAUUUUUCGCCCGGCGGAAACUGCAGAAGAGCGAUAGGGCUGAGCUUGAGAACACAAAGUUUGGAGGAGGUCAGGGCUGGGGACGCACCCCGAUGACUCCAGCCGGCACAACAAUUUCAGAACUGGAACCGACCAACGCGUAUCAGUGGUCUACGAGAACGGAGCUCGACGCAACUCCGCGAGGAUCUACAGCGGAAGAACCUGAUGGAUCUGGCAACAAGAUGCACGAACGACCUCAUUCAAGCCCUCUUGGGAAGUCACUGAGCUCCUUCGAGCAGCCGCAUCUCCCGGCGAUCCAACUUACUGAGAAACACACUGAUGGGUUGGAGAGCUCUUUUCCAAAACAAGCCUCAGUGGGUGCAAGGAAGGAUACCGAUACAGCUCCCCGGAAGGAUAACGAUGCAGCUUCCAAGAGGAUCAUAAUCUGCUGCGACGGCACGUGGCAGUCGUCUGCGACUGGCAAGAAGAACAUACCCUCCAACGUCACGCGCCUAGCCCGCUCAAUUUCUCGAACUGGGCGAGACGAGAAAGGCAAUCUUUUCCAACAGGUCGUAUACUACAGUUCAGGUAUCGGUACUGGCGACCUAACGCUGCUCGAGAAGGCCAGAGAAGGUGGUUUCGGUGUUGGUCUCAACGGAGAUGUCGUCGAUGCCUACAACUUCAUCGUCAACAAUUACUCACCAGGGGAUAAGAUCCUCUGCUUUGGUUUCUCUCGCGGGGCAUACACAGCUCGUUCGGUUGCAGGUCUUGUAACUGACAUCGGCAUCAUUCGCCCCAAAGAUAUGCAAGACUUUCCUGAUCUUUUCGACGUAUACCGUCACAGCGACGAAAGCCAUAACUUUCGGCAAUCGAAGGAGUACCGAGAGUGGGUCACGGGAGUCCGGGCGAAAGACGGCGACCCCGGAAAGUACGUGAUCGAUGGAGAGAACUGGAUCAAGGUUCCCCAUAGAAAGCCUCGAGAGGAAUCCAGGUUCAUCGAAGCCAUCGGAGUUUUUGACACCGUUGGAAGCCUGGGUAUUCCAAAUGCGACCAUGUCGCAAUGGAGUCUCAGCCUUGUUCGACGGUUUGCACCCAUCUUGGGUAUCGACGAUGGCGGUUUCCACAACCUCUCUCUGAGUCCAUUCACCAGAAACGCGUUUCAUGCACUUGCUCUGGAUGAGCACCGUAAACCCUUUUCCCCGACCCUCUGGCACUAUCCUCCAAAGGAGCAACGAGAUCCACCGGCGCGCAAAGACAAGAAGACCACCGAAAAGCUCGCAGACGAGUUCCGUUCCCUUCAGCACAAACCAUGCACCAGUGAAGAGCAACUUUCCGACGCAUGGGCUGAUUACAUUGGCGAGGCUAUGUACGAGGCGAUGAAGCAACCUGACCCGAAACUGCUCCAAGUCUGGUUUCCCGGGUAUCACAUCAACGUCGGCGGUGGAAACCCGAAUAUUCUUGACGGGGGACAAACGGAUUUUGAACAAAUCUCACUCAUCUCCUUCGCAUGGAUGUGUGAGCAAGUAAGACCAUACCUGCAACUCGACGAUAACGCAGAUGAACUAGAACAAACCAAGUCAUCGCUAGCCGAUCGUGAGGUCGAACAACGUAAGAAGCUGAUCGAAGACUCGAGAGCUGCUAAGAACUAUGGUUCUUACAGAGUCAUGGAGCCUAUUUGGAGAGCAUUGGAUGUGACUGGGCUCUACGAGGCUUCCUGGAAGACGCUGCCAGAGGCUGCCGACGACGAGUGGGCACUGGGCCCUAUCGAAGACAGUUUCAGUGGGUUGAUGAGGAUGGCGCACUCGAAAUACCGAACUCCGGGAGAAUACAAGAAGGACGAUGUCGGAAAUGAUGUCGGUGAAACAAACGAGCAGAUUCAUCCAUCUGUUCACUUCCGAAUUGCCGGCCACCCCACUUACCUUCCGCCUUCUCUUGAAGGGUUUUUGAGAUCGAAAAAGAAAACCACCGGCGAUAAGUCGCUCACCAAGAGAUAUGAGUAUGAGUGGAGGAAAGGAAAAGUGGUCAUCCCGGAGUAUACGAUUGACCCUUCUCACAAUAUCACACGUCGCCUAGCAGAACAUUUCAUGGGUGGCAAGGGGUUUGUUGAGCAGCUCUUGGCAGUGCAUGAGGAUAAGCUUCAGUAUAGCCCUGGUCAUCUUCAAGAUUGA